GGUUUACAUUUGUCAUCAUGCAUUGGCCUAUAUGUGUUGAUUUCACCUAAUAGUAUUCUGUAUUCUAUUCUUCGGAUACUCAAACCUUCUCAUAUACAAUAUGUUUCGAUUAGUUUAUUGUUUUAAAGUAAUCUGUAGUUCAGUGGAUUGAACUCAGAGGGACGCUGUUGGUUGGUGUGUUGCAGUUUUAGAGCAGAUUUGCAGCAGUACUUCCCCCAUCAUCUCGAUAUAUUGGAGAGAGAGAGAGAGCCGCACGCAGAGCGCACAGUCCGGUUACAGAGAACACUGAGCACGGAGACUCCGAUAUUGGAUUCUUUUGUUCCAGAGAGACUGAUUAUUGGCAGAGAAUUGUGCUAUUUUCUGAACUUACUUUUAACGGAACACUGCAAAUUGUUUAAUGGAUUAUAUGGUGUUUAUGGUUUCAUUGUGAAAGGGAUAUGUCGAACAGAACAAUGAUACGGCAAGUACUGUUGUUUAUCUCGGUCCUCUCUCUCAGUUCAGUGCACGGGCAGGUCAGUUACUCCAUUCCGGAGGAAAUGGCGAAAGGCUCUUUAGUCGGUAACAUAGCGCAGGAUUUGGGUUUAGAUAUCAAAAGACUGAAAUCGGGUAAAGCUCGUAUUUAUACUGGAGACAGUUCAGAAUACAUCGAGUUGAAUACAGAAAGGGGAGUGCUCUUUAUCAAGGAAAGAAUAGACCGUGAAGCGUUGUGUGGAGAGACGACGCCAUGCGCUUUACACCAUCAAAUUCUACUUGAAAACCCAUUGGAAUUUUACAGCUUAACGAUUGAGAUCACAGACAUCAAUGAUAAUUCACCGGGUUUCAAAAAGAAUGAAAUGGAAUUCGAAAUAAGUGAGUCAUCACAGCCCGGAGCUAGGUUCGUUUUGGAUAGAGCAGUUGAUAAUGACGUUGGUGUGAAUGACCUGCAGAGCUACACCCUAAAACCAACCGAUAAUUUCAUAUUAAAAUCACACAUUUUACCUGACGGUAGUAAAAAUGUAGAAAUGGUCUUGCAGACGCCUCUAGACCGAGAGAAACAGGAGCAGAUAUCGCUGAUUUUGACAGCAGUAGAUGGAGGAGAGCCUCAGCUAUCAGGAACAAUGCGGAUAAUCAUCACUGUACUAGACGCCAAUGAUAAUGCACCUGUCUGUUCCCAAGCCGUUUACAAGGCCAGUGUAACCGAGAACGCGCCUAAAGGCACCAUUGUAGCUACAGUAAGCGCGACUGAUGCUGAUCAAGACUCAUACGGAAAAGUUACAUAUUCUAUGUCAAACAUAGUCGAAGGCGGUGCUGAAUUAUUUGAAGUUGAUGAUGAUGACGGUGUAGUGAGUCUAUUAGGAAAUAUUGAUUACGAAAGAAUGAAAAAAUAUCAAAUUGACAUUCAAGCAAGAGACGCCGGAGGACUCAUAGAUUCUUGCAAAGUAAUCGUCGAUGUUUCUGAUUUAAAUGAUAACAAACCAAUCAUUAAUAUUAUGUCUAAGACAAAUGCAAUAUUCGAAGAUUCUGUGUCUGGCACAGUUGUAACAAUUAUCAAUGUUCAAGACUCAGACUCGGGUGAUAAUGGUAAAGUAGAGUGUUCCAUAAAUGAAAACAUUCCAUUUACAAUUAAAUCAACGUCGAAUCAUUUCUAUAGCUUAGUAACUGACAGCGACUUGGACCGAGAGAGAGCCUCUGAGUAUAACAUCAGUGUGACGUGCUCUGAUGAGGGCGUGCCCUCGCUCUCCAGCAGCGUCACUCUCACCUUACAGAUAUCAGAUGUGAAUGACAACGCGCCUGUCUUUGAGAGGAGCUCAUAUGAGGCCUACAUUAUAGAAAACAACACACCGGGCCUCUCUAUAUUCACAGUGAAAGCCAGAGACGAUGACUGGAACCAGAAUGCUCGUGUUUCUUACAUACUGGAGGACUCCUCGGUUAACGGAGUGCCCAUCUCCUCAUAUGUGUCCGUUAGUGCUGAUAGUGGAGUCAUCCAUGCAGUGCGCACUUUUGACUACGAGCAGAUCAAGGAUUUCCAGUUCCGCGUAAAAGCGCAGGAUGGAGGCUCCCCUCCUCUCAGUAGCAAUGUGACUGUGAAAAUAAUGAUCCAGGACCAGAAUGACAACGCGCCUCAAGUUCUGUACCCAGUCCAGACUAGCAGCUCUCUGGUGGCUGAAAUGGUGCCUCGUUCAGCAGAUGUGGGCUAUCUUGUUACUAAAGUGGUGGCUGUUGAUGUUGACUCUGGACAGAAUGCCUGGCUCUCUUAUAAACUGCAGAAAGCGACAGACAGGGCGCUGUUUGAAGUGGGCUUACAGAAUGGGGAAAUAAGAACUAUACGCCAAGUCAAUGAUAAAGAUGCUGUGAAACAAAGGCUCACUGUUGUAGUGGAGGACAAUGGGCAGCCCUCUCGUUCAGCUACAGUCAAUGUUAACGUAGCGGUGGCGGACAGCUUCCCUGAAGUGCUUUCGGAGUUCACUGACUUUACGCACGAAAAGGAGUACAAUGACAAUCUGACUUUUUACUUAGUCUUGGCUUUGGCUGUAGUCUCAUUUUUGUUUAUUACGUGUUUAGUGGUUAUCAUAUCAGUGAAAAUAUACAGAUGGAGACAGUCUCGUGUCCUCUAUCAUUCCAAUCUCCCGGUUAUUCCGUAUUAUCCACCGCGUUACGCUGACACUUUGGGGACAGGAACUCUACAGCACGUGUACAAUUACGAGGUGUGCAGGACGACUGACUCCAGAAAGAGUGACUGUCAGUUCGCCAGACCCUGUAGUCAGAACGUACUGAUAAUGGACCCCAGUUCUACAGGGACGAUGCAGCGGAUUCAGAACGAAAAGAACAUCCUGGAUGAACCAGACUCCCCAAUAGAGCAAAAGCCUCCGAACGCUGACUGGCGCUUCACACAGGGACAGAGACCUGGACCCAGUGGGGCUGGAGGUCCCCCUGAGAUGGCCAUGGGAACAGGACCCUGGCCCAACCCCCCCACUGAGGCCGAGCAGCUCCAAGCCCUGAUGGCCGCAGCCAACGAAGUGAGCGAGGCGACCGCAACCCUGGGGCCGGGCACCAUGGGACUAAGCACCCGUUACAGCCCACAGUUCACCCUGCAGCACGUGCCCGACUACCGUCAGAACGUCUACAUCCCUGGCAGCACCGCCACCUUGACCUCCAACCCCCAGCAGCAGCAGCAGCAGCAGAUGGCAGCCCAACAUCAGGCCCUGCAGGCCCAGCCCUCUGAGGCCGCCCCUCAGCCUGAACCCCCCAAGGCUGCCCAGACCCCCGCCUCCAAGAAGAAGUCCACCAAGAAGGAGAAGAAGUAGGAUGGGUGGAGGAUGGAUAGAUAUGGAAAAUACGAUGAGAAAAGAGAAAACCGACCCGAUGAGGACUGAAAUACCCCC